AUGGCGGUCGCUGCAGAGGAACAACCUUUUCAAAUGCCCCCCCUCGUUAUAGACGACUACAACUGGAAAACCUCCAAGACAGACGCUUCCGUUCGUGAACGUCGCGUCAAUGGCGCUGAAGCUAUUGUUGGAGAUAAACAGCUUAAUGCUGCGGGCUCCCUCGAUCUCUACCUGAUCUCGAGUGUCCGGUUUGCCAACGCUUCAUUGACGCUGUCCCAAUUGAAAGCCAAGCUUGAGCGCGUGCUCGUCAAGCUGCGGUUUGAGCAUCCGGAAAUUGGACAGACAGUCCUGUGGGAAGAAGAUCAUGUUCUUCCUUUGAUCCAAUACAAGCCACUCAAGAGCAGUGAAGAUGCCCUUGCCUGGGCUCGGAAGCUUGUCCGUGUCCGGGCCAGUACACAGACUGGCUUUGACAUCCGCACUGAAACUGAGGUUAAACGACACCAGGAGGGUGGAAUCAACCCUGCCUUGCCCAUAGAUAUUGAUAUUGUCGCCCCUGUCUCUGGACUGGAUGCAGCUUUGGGAUUGGUAGAUGUGGAAUUUGUCUUUCACUCAAAUCAUCUUUAUGUCGAUGGCAUCAGCAAACGCAUGCUGGUGAACGACAUCUUCAGUUAUCUAGGGGAUGAAAUCUCUGCUUCUUCGACUGGAGAACUACCUGUGUUUAAAUGGGGAGAAGAGGUCCAGAAUCUGGGUGCCCCUGUGUUGACUCUGUUGAAAGCUGGUAUCCAAUUAUGUGGACCCAGCUUCGACGAAGCUACGAGGAAGCAUCUUGAAAAUGCCAUCAAAGGAAUGCAAAAUUAUGGCCCCAACGCAAAGGAAGGCCACGGGCUUCCACGAACCAUCUUCCACACUUUCACCAAAGAAGAAAGCGACGCUAUUUACAAGGCCGUUAAGACCAAAGUCGGCCCCUCAGCCUCACCAGCUCACCUGGGCCAUGCAGCCGUCUUUUUGUCUCUGCUCAAGAGUAGUCCGCCUUCUGAUGACACCCCAGACACCCAAGUGUACGUGUCACAGUCUCCUGUGAACGGACGACGGUUUUUAGAAAACCCUCAAAAGCAUGCAAAGACAUAUUAUCCAGUGACUCAGAGCACCUGCCCUGUUCUGUACGGCAAUAUCAAACAGUACGAAAUCGCCAAUGCGUCCAAGGAAAUGUGGGAUGAGUACUUGCUCACAGCAACCAAAAUCGCCAAAGAAACAUAUGAUCAACGUCUUGCAAAUCCUGCGGCGUUGCCUAUAUCAAUUAAUUUCCAUAAUCUGAUUGGAUUUUUGCAGGCUUCGGGGACUCUGCCUCAAAGCUCUAUGACUGCUCCAAUGUUCACAAGUGAUGGUGUCAAUGAAACUUAUAUCCAGCGCGAAAUCAACGAUAAGGCAGGGAAUAUUGUGAUUACAGUCAACACAGUGCGCUUCUUUUUGAGCCAGCAUAUGACAUUCAUGUCUAUCCGACUAGAUAGCUGGAGAGGUCGUUCGGCGCUUUCGCUCAGCUACAAUGAUGGAACAUAUACUGACGAGGAGGCAUCUGAGUUCCUGAAGGAUACAGUCUCAUUUAUGCUACAGUUUACGCAGUGA